UCAUUCAAGACUAGUGAAUUGCAUAUUUUGUGCGUAUUUUUAAAAGAAUAUUUAAUUUUUAUCUUAACCUCCAAAAAUAAUGAAUAGAUUUGAAUACGUUGAUUCUCGGCUUUUUCCAAAUGAAAUUUACAUCAGACGCGAUAUUGGUGUACGCUUAUACGAUGGUGAUGACGAGACAAGUUUUGAACAUGGUGAAUUAGUUCUUACCAGCCACAGAUUUCUUUGGGGAAGACCUGGAGAUAUAUCGCGUGGACAAACAUGUCUUUCAUUAUUUCUUCGUCAUAUAGUUUUCUUUGAAGAAGAAGUUCCUGGUCCAUUUUCCUUUGGACGUAGUAAAAAAAUUAUUCUACAUGUUUCCGAAGCUCCAAUUGAUAAAAUGCCUGGUCCAUUGGAUAAUAGCAUAUUUAAUUAUAUUAAAUUAUCAUUUAAAGAGGGCUUAGAUUCAAAUUUUCUUACAACUUUAUCUGAUACUAUCAUGAGAAGAAUUUGGGAAAUAGCACCAAUCAUGUCUUUAAGUCAUCCUGAUGCCAGUACAAAAAGUAGUGGAGGUAUAAAUAAACCCCUACCACAAAUAAAAACACGAACUGGUAUCAUAGGUAUUGAAAGAAGUCUUCAAGAAAAACAAAAAGCAACAGAUGAAAGCAUAUCAAUGGCCUUUCAAGAUCUGAAGAAGCUUAUGGAAAUGGCCAAAGACAUGGUUUCCAUUUCAAAAACCAUCUCAGCAAAAAUACGGGAGAGACAAGGAGAUAUCACAGAGGAUGAAACAGUCAGAUUUAAAUCUUACUUAAUGAGUCUUGGUAUUGAUGACCCAGUUACCAGAGAUGCAUACAAGAACAGUAAUGAAUAUUUCAAGCAAUUGGCAAAACAGCUGGCAAAUAUUUUAGAAGAACCAAUCAAAGAAGUUGGAGGAAUGAUGACAUUAACAGAUGUUUAUUGUCGUGUAAAUAGAGCUAGAGGCUUAGAACUUCUAUCACCGGAAGAUUUAUUAAAUGCCAGUAGACAAUUAGCCCUUUUAGGUUUACCUAUAGUAUUAAGAGUGUUUGAUAGUGGAGUUAUGGUUCUUCAAAUUCGAUCACAUGAUGAUAAUACCAUAGUUGAUGUCAUAGCUGAUCUGAUAAAAGAAAAGGGAUCUCUAACAGCAGAAGAACUUGCUCAGUCGGAAGGUAUAUCAGUCCUCCUAGCGCGUGAAAGGCUAUUAGUUACCGAAAAAAGAGGAAAAGCAUGCAGAGAUGAUACAAUAGAAGCUUUAAGAUUCUAUCCUAACUUAUUUUUGGAAAAGGAUGAUUAA